AUGCUUAGGAUCGCUGUUGUCGGAGCCGGAGGGUUCGCGCAGAUUUUGGUCCAGCAGCUCUGUCAGACCGAUCAUGCCGUGUUAGUCUUAACCAGGCAAAGCCACCCUGAAAUCGAACAAUACUGUCCAGGUGCCCAAGUCGCCAUCGUCGACUACGACAACCUUGAUUGUUUGCGGUAUACCCUCAGGGGUAUCGACUUGGUAAUUUCGACCAUCUCAGGCAGUGAACAGAUCAACCUAAUUGAUGCAGCGCGCAAAGCUCGGGUCCGCGUAUUCGUUCCCUCUGAGUUUGAGGGAGAUCUAAGCCACAGGCCAGCUCAAGAUCCCCUCGAUCGCGGUUCUCAAUCCGCGCUGGAACUUCUGGAGCAAUGGUCGCAAUCCAAGUCCUACAAGAUGAACUACACAAUCUUUUCGUGCGGCUUGUUCAUGGAGCGUUUCGCCCCUGGAGGAUUACAAGCAUACCAAAUUGGUGGGGGUUGUGGUAUCCAAACCCCUGACGACUAUCUCGUCAAUGUCGAGAGCUGCCAAGCGGAAGUUAUCCUAUACGGCGCAAGUGGUCGCUCCGCUCAUGUCUCCCUCACUUCGGUCUACGACGUUGCUCAGUUUGUUGUCGCCGCCAUAGAGUUAGGUAUCGAUUCGUGGCCAAAGGAGUUUCGCAUGAGGGGAGACUCAAUGACAGUUCAGGAUCUGGUCCAAACUUGUGCUGCGGUUCGCGGCAUGCCCUUCGGUGUGAUUACCCGCACAUACGAUGAAGUUGUCGCUCAGGCAGAGUUGUGCCGUACAGAGGGUGACCUUCUUCGGUGGUUGUACUAUCAGCGUCUUCUCCAAACCGCUGAUGGACGCUAUUACGUCCGCAAUACCAACCUCAUGGAUGCUAUCAGUCGCGCUGGGAUCAAGUUCCAGCCUCUCAAGUUCAAGACUUGGCUUGAACAAGUCUGGAAGGGAGCAACGUAA